AUGGCGGGAAUUCAAAAAGUGCGACUAAAUAAUUUAAAUAUAAACUUAAAAAAUGCUCUUAUAAUUGGUAUUAUUAUUGCAAAAAAUAGUCCACGUACAAUAGGUCCCAAAAAGAAAAAUGGAGAGUCACGGGGCAUUACAUCUUUCACGUUAAGGGACUCAGAAGUGGAUACUAUUAAUGUUGAUGUGUGGGGUUCAGAAUAUUUUGUAAUUACGUUCUACGAAAGAUUCCUUGUGGGUGAUAUCGUUGAAAUAUCCUCACCAAAAAUAUGUGUCAAGGGAGGCGAUAAUGAAAUGUAUAGGCCUCAUGUGUCCUCUCCAUUUUAUCUUUCUCUCAACGAAGGCAUUUCUGAUAUGACAACUCACAACGGAGACACCUACACCACAUACCUACCUCUCUUGCACGUGCCUACGAAAUCUUCUUCCGGUUAUUGUGGUAUAGCCGAGGUGGUAAAAUUAUCAGAGCAAACUGACAAUGUCUAUGUGGACCUAUUGGUUGUUGUUAAAUCAGUAAGUCCUACUAAAACCAUUAGAACAAAAACAGGUUCAGAUAUGACAAUUCGCAGCGUAGAGAUUAUAGAUAAUACAUCGCCAGCUUCUCUUUUCUUGGACAUGUUUGAUAUUGACACUAUACAAAGAGCCGACGAAUGGCAGGCUGAGAACGUGUUAUUCAUAGCUGAUGCCCGUGUUACCUGGCGUAGUCGAGCAGUGAAGGUGCAGGUGUGCUCUAAGACCGUCAUCACUCACCAACCGUACACUGCCGACGCUGAAGCAUUGAAACUGUAUAUCCGCAACCAGAAUAACACAGGCGGCGGGGCGGCGGCUGCGUGGGCGGCGUGGAGUGGCGAACGGCCUUGUACGGCGUCGGUGGCGCAAAUCCGCGACAGGCUCGCCACCGGAGCCCCAUUUUGUGCCUCAUUACACGCUACGGUGACUCGACUCAGUUUGGAAGAUGUUUUCAGCGGUGAUAACAAAGAAGAUAUUUUAAUUAGUUUUGCGGAUCAUACUGGUGAACUCUCGGCAAGGCUUCCAUUGACUACGCUUCCUGAAGUCUUUGGGUAUUCUGUAAAACAGCUGAAGAUGAUUUCGUCAGAUGAUAGGGCGGCCCUAAAUUGGAAUUUCUUAUUGGAGCAAUGCAGCGCAAAACUUGCCUCAUCGCCACCUCGUCUCAUUGUGCUGACAUUGCGGCGAGCCUCUCCCGCAGAUCCUAUACCUUUGUACUGA